AUGUCAUCACCAUUACGACCAAAGGUCAUUGACCUUUACAAACAGCUCGUGUAUCUCGGGCGAGAAUACCCAGCUGGUUAUGAGGAUUUCUUUCGCCCUAGACUAAAGGCUGCUUUUAUGAAGAAGAAAGACCUUAGAGAUGAAGAAGAUAUCAAAAAGGCACUCUUGCACGGAGACUAUAUUAUCAAAGAGCUAGAAGCCAUGUACUACCUCCGAAAAUAUCGUACCUUACGAAAACGCUAUACAAAUGAAGCCUAA